UGUAAGUAGGGAUCCGAUGUAAGUCGGAUCCAUGUAACCUGGGGACUGCCUGUAGUGGGCUUUCUUUCUAAACCUCAGGUGAAACAAGGUUUCCAAUGUGAUGUGAUUAGAGAAGUGUUUUUUCACCUAGACGGACUCAGGUCACUUACAGUUUCACUGUGUGUGUUUGCAUUAUGUAACAGAUUGGAAAACAACUCAUAUCCUUGGGGAGACUGUUAAAGUGAGUUUUCGACCGCAUGUGUAUGAACCUGUUGUGUUUUAACAAAGAAUGACCUGCCCCUUGGAUGCACCCAGUCAGAGCAUCUUCUGCUGCUUCUUUGCACUACACUUCUUUGACUGAAAUUUGCAGGGCACUGAUCAAAAGUGUAGUCAACACCUUCUCUGCUCAGUGUGCCUUAGUGCAAGUCCCUAGGUCAGAUGCAAGCUUCACCUGAGCUGUCCUUCAGCUGGUAUUUUAGAUAGGACUCCCUUUACUCACCACCAAGAUGGAAUAUUGCUUGCUAGUCACCGAGAGUGGAAUCUUUGUGGACAAUCAUUCAAAGAGAGUGGAAACAUACUCCGCACUAUGGUUCUUCCAGAUGGAUUGUCUGCAUACAUUCCACAAUUUGCCUUCCCUUCUCAGUAAUUCAGAGUCCUGACACAUGGGAUUCUUUACUGGCGGUGAAGCUUCCCCAGCUUCUAUCCUCAAGCACAGUGCUCAUGAGGCUCCAAGGGCACAGGUGCAGCCUCAACAGGUGCUGCUGUUCCAAGGAUUCUGAGCUAUGCACCAGAAGAGGAAUCUAAAAGACUAACACCACUCAAACAGCCAUCUGCCUUACUGUAAGCCAGGUAAGCACGUUUUUGUUUGUAUAACCUAUGCCCGGCUAAUUAGGGCAAUUGUGAAGUGUUUUUUUUUUUUAAUAUAUCUGUUUUAUCAUCCUCGUGCUAGCUGCUCCUGGGCAUGUUAUCUGCACAAUUAGAUAAUGCAAGCUAAAGGUUAAUUUUAUUCUCUCUGCUCUAGCAUAAAUAGCAUAAAGCAACUGUUCUCAAAAGCAAGUCAGCAAAGAUGGAUGUGGGUUGUAAGGUAGUGUUAAUUUUUCUUUUCUUUUCUCCUUGUUGUGGGGUCGACUGGAAACUAGCUCAAGGUUUUAUUGCCAUUGCUGGUCCCCUAAACAAUGAGUCAUUAAGGAAUUUAGAUCUUCCAAACAAGCCCUUAGACAAGGAGGCUCUUAAUAUUAUUGUGGAUGAAGGACAUCAUUGUUUGUGCCACCAGCCUAUUUUGGCUUCUCUGCCACUGUAUUUCUCCUACCUUCAUGCAAGAGGAGUGACCCAUUAUAAAAUUUUUAUGCCAUGGGCGCACAUCCUUCCAGAAGGAAACACCAAGAAUCCAGAAGAGGCUGCAGUUGCAUGUUAUAGAGAAAUUCUUAAGUCUCUUACCACUGCAAACCUUAAAGCAGUGGUAAUUCUACAUCAUAAACAUUUGCCUGGGGUUGUGGUCACACUUGGGAAGCACAGCACCUUUGCUGAUUUAUUUGUGGAAUAUGCUGAGUUUAACUUCCGUUCUUUCGGCGAUUUGGUUGACAUAUGGCUCACCUUUAGCGCCUUGCCUGAGAUCAUUGAGAGUCUGCCAUAUGAUGAUCCACAGAUCUCUCUCCAGAUUCUAGCUGCUGCACAUGAAAAAGUUUAUAAAGUCUACCAUGAAAAAUAUUCUUCAAAAGAUGGAAAAGUAUCCAUUGCAUUGGACCUCGAUCAUGUCUUUGAGAGUGCCCCAAUGGAAUCUUUUUUAAGCUCUCUUAAGGACUCGGUAGAUUUUCUCUCUCUCAGUCUUCAAUACAACUGUAGAAAUGAAGUAGACUUAAAAAGGAAGUUGAAUGAGUUACAGACUAUCAAGAAGAAUACAAAAAUUUUACUCUUUAGUCUAACGCUUCGUGAAUGUAACUCCGUGAAAGAGAAUCCAUUUAUACCUGUAGCUAGCCUUUUCCAGGCCAUUAAUCAAGAUCAGACAUUAGCAAUGGGAUAUGAUGUUAAUGAAUUCUUAAACUACUCAUCAGUUCAUAAAACUAGUUCCCAUGUAGCUAAUACGACCAUCCAGAAAAGACUACAGGAGGACCAGACUGAUGCUCUUGCUCCUCUCUUCUCCUAUCAAACAGUUUGGGAAACUUUUGCUAACCAGUCCGAAUUGGAGAGAGACGCUUUUGUUCAUGAUGUUUUCCCACAUGGUUUCCUCUGGGGCACGUCCACUGGUUCCUUUAACAUUGAAGGUGGCUGGGCUGAGGAUGGAAAAGGAAAGAGUAUUUGGGACCAGUUUGGGCAGCAAGGUCAUGUCUACAUGAAUCAGACCGCAAAUGUGGCAUGUGACAGUUACCACAAAAUUGACUAUGAUGUUUAUUUGCUCAGGGGCCUUCAGUCAAAGCUGUACAAGUUUUCUAUAUCCUGGCCCCGGAUUUUUCCUACUGGCGUUAGAAAUGGCUUCAGUUCCAAAGGUGUAAAUUACUACAACAAAUUGAUAAACAGCUUAUUGGACUCUAAUAUUCAGCCUAUGGUGACUUUGUUCCAUUGGGACCUCCCACAAGUACUUCAGGAUCUUGGUGGAUGGCAGAAUGACAGCAUUAUUGAUAUUUUUGCAGACUAUGCAGACUUUUGUUUUGCCACCUUUGGGGAUCGGGUUAAAUUUUGGAUUACCUUCCAUGAACCUUGGGUCAUUAGCUACGCUGGUUAUGGCACAGGACAGCAUCCCCCAAGAAUCGCUGAUCCAGGAGUAGCCUCUUAUAAGGUGGCUCACUCCAUUAUUAAAGCACAUGCAAAAGCCUGGCAUUUAUAUGAUGACAAAUAUCGCUCCCAACAGCAUGGUAAGGUGGGAAUAGUGCUGAAUUCAGAUUGGGCUGAACCCAAGACCCCAACAAGUUCGGAGGACGUGAAGGCUGCUGAGCGCUACAUGCAUUUCAUGCUCGGCUGGUUUGCUCACCCUAUAUUUGUUAAUGGUGACUACCCAGAUAUCCUGAAAUCCCAGAUCCAACAGAAGAACCAGCAGUGUUCUAUCCCAGUUGCCUCCCUUCCUUCAUUUAGUGAAGAAGAGAAGUCCUUAGUGAAAGGGACUUCAGAUUUCUUUGGUCUUUCUCAUUACACUUCCAGACUGAUCAGCACGGUGGCUAAUGAUACCUGUAAUCCAGGCUAUGAGAAUAUUGGGAAUUUUUCCCAACAUGUGGAUCCUUCUUGGCCACAGACAGCCUCAUCUUGGAUCAGAGUGGCCCCUUGGGGACUGAGGAGGUUGUUGAAGUUCAUUUCCCAGGAAUAUACAGGAACUAGGGUCCCAAUUUACAUAGCUGGGAAUGGUGCGCCGACAGAAGAUGGAGGGGAUGUUAUUAAUGACACAAAGAGAAUGGAUUAUUUCAGGCUGUAUAUCAACGAGGCUCUGAAAGCUAUUAGGCUAGAUGCAGUGGACGUUCAGGCAUAUAUUGCCCGAUCUCUAAUUGAUGGCUUUGAAGGCCCAGUGGGUUACAGUCAACUAUUCGGACUACAUCACGUGAAUUUUGAGGAUGACAACAGACAAAGGACACCAAAGGAGUCGGCAUAUUUUUUCUCCAAUGUUAUUGAAAAAAAUGGUUUCCCCAAAGAAGUCAUGGGCAUAUCUUUUCAAUCGCCAACAAGUGAUUCACCCCCACCACCAAGAUUACUCAGUUUACCAGCAUCUGAAGUACCAUCAAAGGCAAAGGUGGUUUGGGAAAAAUUCUCACCCCAAACUAAGUUUGAAAGGGACAUGUAUUUAUAUGGAACCUUCCCAGAUGAUUUCACAUGGGGUGUGUCUUCCUCUGCUUACCAGAUUGAAGGAGGUUGGGAUGUGGAUGGCAAAGGGCCUAGCAUUUGGGAUAACUUCACCCAUGUCCCAGGGAACAUAAAAAAUAAUGAGACUGGAGAUAAAGCUUGCGAUAGCUACAACAAACUGGCUGCAGAUCUUUACAUGCUGACAGCUUUAAGGGUAAAGAGCUAUCGCUUCUCUCUAUCUUGGCCUCGCAUUUUUCCUAGUGGAAGAAAUGAUUCCAUAAAUAGCCACGGGGUUGAUUAUUACAACCGACUUAUCAAUGGUUUGAUUGCAAAAAAUAUCACUCCGAUGGUCACUCUGCACCACUGGGAUCUGCCUCAGGCUCUCCAGGACAUUGGUGGCUGGGAGAACGAUAUAUUGAUUGAGCUGUUUGACAGUUUUGCAGACUUCUGUUUCCAGACUUUUGGAGACCGGGUGAAAUUUUGGAUGACCUUUAAUGAACCCUUUGUCAUUGCAUGGGCUGGAUAUGGUGUAGGAGAGCUUCCACCAAAUGUGAAAGAUGAUCCGGGACACACUCCCUAUAAAAUUACACAUACAUUGCUAAAAGCUCACGCCAGAGCCUACCAUACAUAUGACCGUAAAUACAGAUUAAGUCAGAAAGGGGUUAUUUCUUUGAGCCUUAAUACUGAGUGGGUUGAACCGAAGACACUGACUGAUCCCAGAGAUGUGGAAGCAGCAGAUCGCUACCUGCAGUUUACUCUAGGGUGGUUUGCACAUCCAAUUUUCAAAAAUGGUGACUACCCAGAGGCCAUGAAAUGGACAGUGGGGAACAGGAGUGAGCUACAGAACUUGCCCUCCUCUCGUCUACCAGCUUUCACGGUGGAGGAGAGAGAAUACAUCAGGGGCACAGCUGAUGUCUUCUGUUUCAACACCUACACUUCCAAAAUUAUCAAGCACAAGACCACCAGGCUGAAACCAGCUUCUUAUGAGGGUGACAAGGAGCUGUCAGAGGAGGUUGAUUCAUCCUGGCCGACCUCAGCGCUGACGGAUAUGAGAGCUGUAGCCUGGGGUCUCAGGAGGCUGCUGAAUUGGAUUAAAGAGGAAUAUGGCAAUCCCCCGAUUUAUGUAACUGAAAAUGGAGUGGGAAAACAGACCAAAUCUGACGUUGAUGAUACUAAUCGGAUAUUUUACUACAAAACGUACAUCGAUGAAGCUCUGAAAGCCUACAAGUUGGAUGGCGUUAAUCUUCGAGGAUAUGUGGCUUGGUCUCUCAUGGACAGCUUUGAAUGGUUGCAUGGUUACAGUGCCAGGUUUGGACUGCACCAAGUUGAUUUUGAAAAUCCUAACAGGCCAAGAACCCCCAAACGCUCUGCUGUGUACUAUGCUGAAGUCAUACGCAACAACGGGAUCCCCCUACCAAAAGAGGAUGAAUUUUUAUAUGGUGAAUUUCCAAAGAAUUUUUCAUGGAGCGUAGCAACUGCAGCAUAUCAGAUUGAAGGAGCCUGGCGAGCAGAUGGGAAAGGACUUAGCAUUUGGGACCAGUUUGCUCAUACUCCCUUGAAAAUUAGCAAUGAUGAAAAUGCAGAUGUGGCUUGUGACAGCUACCACAAGUUGGAGAAGGACUUGACUAGUCUGAAAGCUCUCAAGGUGUCUCACUAUCGCUUUUCAAUCUCCUGGCCUCGUGUUCUCCCAGAUGGAACCACAAAACAUAUAAAUGAAGAUGGAUUACGCUACUAUGAGAGGCUUAUUGAUGCUCUCCUUGCAUCUAAUAUUAAACCUCAGGUAACUAUUUACCACUGGGACCUUCCCCAGGCCCUACAGAACAUUGGAGGGUGGGAGAAUGAAACUAUAGUCCAGAGAUUUAAAGAAUAUGCAGAGUUACUUUUCCAAAGGCUGGGAGACAAGGUGAAAUUUUGGAUAACCCUCAAUGAACCCUAUAUAAUCGCAAAUCUCGGCUAUGGCUAUGGCACAUCUGCUCCAGGAAUCUUUGCUAGACCAGGUAAAGCUCCUUACAUAGUAGGGCACAACUUAAUAAAGGCCCAUGCUGAAGUCUGGCAUCUUUACAAUGAAACCUACCGGACCAAACAAGGAGGAUUAAUUUCCAUUACCAUUAAUUCUGAUUGGGCUGAACCAAGAAACCCCGACAAGCAGGAAGAUAUUGAUGCUGCUAGGCGAUAUGUUCAGUUUUAUGGUGGCUGGUUUGCUCAUCCCAUUUUCAAAAAUGGUGAUUACAACGAAGUGAUGAAAACAAGGGUACGGGAGCGCAGCCUGGCCCAAGGGCUGAGCAAAUCACGACUGCCAGAAUUUACUGAAAGCGAAAAGCAGAGAAUUAAAGGCACAUUUGACUUCUUUGGUUUCAAUCAUUAUACCACAAUACUGGCAUACAACUUAAAGUAUUCUUCUGCCAUCUCAUCCUAUGAUGCUGAUAGGGGGGUAGCUUCAAUAACUGAUCGCAGCUGGCUGGGCUCUGGUUCCUUCUGGUUAAAGGUGACCCCCUUCGGCUUCAGAAAGAUCCUGAAGUGGAUAAAGGAAGAAUAUAAUAACCCUCCAAUUUAUGUUACGGAGAAUGGGAUUUCUGAACGUGGCGACCUAGGCCUAAAUGACACUUGGCGAAUACACUACUAUAAGAGUUACAUUAAUGAAGCAUUAAAAGCUGUUGUACUUGAUGGUGUUGAUCUCCGAGGCUACACUGCAUGGUCUCUGAUGGACAAUUUUGAAUGGGCAGUAGGCUUUGCUGAAAAAUUUGGUUUGUAUUAUAUCAACUACAGUGAUCCCAAUCUGCCCAGGAUUCCUAAAGAAUCUUCAAAAUAUUACACAUCAAUUAUACAAUGCAAUGGCUUUCCAGACCCAGCAAAUGGACCACAUUUUUGUCUUCAGUCACAGCCUGAAGGUAUUACUUCACCAACUGCUAGCACAGGGGAGUUUAUGAACAAUGCAUCCAGUGGAAAAGUACAAUUUUUAGGAUUAAAUUUAACUUCACAGAAUGCAGAAAUAGGACUGUAUGUGCUAUUUGCUUUUGCUCUGAUUGGUAUGUUAGGACUUGUUCUCUUUUCAUACAAAUAUGGCAAGUUAUCAAAGAGUGAAUAAACCAUCAAGAUAGUUAAGUAAAAUAUAAAUUUCUAAAAGAUGUGCAAAAUGUAAUGCAGAAUAUUCCCCCCUUUUAAGUUUUGAGCUACCUGCAGGUAGCUACUGUUAAGAGCUUCUUUAAUCUGUUAUUCCUAGCUAACAUUACUAACUUAAAAAAAAAACCCAAAAGGCUAACUAAUUAGCACCUGUUUAUACCUACUUUGAAAUCAAAACAAAAAGCAUUGGCAAGAUGGUUACCAUUUUUUAUAUAAUUAAAGAACUUAAGGAGGUUGGCUUUGAACCAAUUUAAGGCAAAGGAUAGUUUGGUACUAUAAAUGACUGAAAUUUUGUUGUUUCCAACUGUGUAAUCAAUGAACUUGAGCAGAGAAGUAUAAUUUAUAUCCAGGAUGAGGGGAACAGAGGAAAGUCUCUGAGGAAGACACUGCUGUUCACAUUUGCUAAUGUUAAGUAUCACAAGCUACUGAUUAAGAGGCAUAGCAUAUUUCCCCUUGUAUGCAACUAUUUUGAUUUUAAUAUUACAAAUUUGAUCACUUCUACAAAAGGUCUUCAAAGCAAACUAUAUCCAAUUUGAUUUACACUGUAAAUUAACAUUUAAUACUUCAUUUUUAUUCUUAUAUUAGACAAACUCAAAUUACAAAAAUUGGGAUGCAUUCAAUAAAUUGUCCUAGAAUUUCAAAGUUUUCCAAAAAGCUGAUUAGUCUGGUGAUAUUGUACCUUACUGUGCUUAUUUGUCCCCUUUAAUAUCAGUGAGUCAUGUUAGUAUUUUAAAACCUCUAAUACUAGUUUCUCACAUGCAGUGUUCAUAUUACAGCAACAUCCAAAGGGCUCAAGGUUCUAUAAUGUUGUUGGACACACUGUAAAUGACAGAUUUUAGUUUGAAUAUCCACAUAACAUUUAAAUUUUAGAUAAGACUUGUUUGAACUGAGGUCUUGCAUGCUGCAGUACCAAUUAGUUGCAGUAUUAAGCUCUUACACAGGUAUUGCACAAACAUACAAAAACCAAAGUUUAGUUGUUUGCUUCUAUCACUUAUCCUUCAAUGUUGGUCUCUGAUAGGAUCAUUUUGACUGAUACCUUGUCUCCUUACUAAACAUUCCC